AUGCCCCCCUCCAACCUCUCCGUGGCAGAGGAGAUCUACAGCGGCAUCGCCACCUUGCUGCAGCUGCUGUGGAAAUGGAUCAAAGGGCCGGGCAUGCACAGGGCCGCUAUCGUCGCCGCCGCGGUGAUGCGCCAGGUGCGGCGGAACAUGACGGCCAAGAGGCUGCUGAGCUUCCCCCACCUGCUGGCCUUUUUCUGGAUGCUUCUCUUGUUAUGGGGAGAGCGCUGGAUCUACACUAACCAUGUCAACGUCUGCAACUGGAAGAGCUGGGAGAAGUGGCCCAAAGGCGCAACUCCCCAUCACCUCGUCCUCGUCGCUGAUCCGCAAAUCCUCGAUCCUCACACCAACCCCGACUGGCCAUCAGCGGUGCUGGCCACCGUCGUCACCAUCACCGACAGAUAUCUCAAGCAGAGCUACAAUGCGCUGCUGCACACGCUGCACCCGGACAGCCUGUUCUUCCUGGGCGACAUGCUAGAGGGCGGCCGCGAGUGGAAGACGAGGCAGGGCCUCUUUGUCGAUCCCAAAUGGGGAGUGCGUGGGCGCACGGCCAAGGAGCAGAGAUGGGUCAAGACGUGGCAUCGAAAGUACGGCGACGACUUUUGGCUCAAGGAGUACCAACGCUUUGGGGAGAUUUUCUUCGACAACUGGAAUAUCGCGGGCAGUUCGCCGGGACCCUGGCAAAGAGGCAGGAAGCUAGUGGCGAGCUUGCCCGGAAACCAUGACCUCGGCUUCGGCGCCAUGGUCCAGGUGCCGGUAAGAGACCGUUACCAGGCGUAUUUUGGAGACGGAAACCGGGUCGACGUUGUGGGAAACCACACCAUUGUCUCGGUCGACGCCGUCUCCCUGAGCGCGGGAACGUCUACUCAGAGGGGUAGCCAUGAUCUGUCGUCCAUCUACGGCCCCGUCCACGAGUUCCUGGACGGUGUUCAGUCUACAAAGCGGAAGAUGGCGCAGAACGAACUGAAGUUCUGGUACGGCGUUGAGCGGGAGAUCAAGUUCAAGCACCACGUCGAGGAGCUAGACAAGGCAGACUUGACCCGGUGGUCAAGAGAUCCUGGGCCGGGCGCUGCUGACUUCCCCACGCUUCUCCUUACUCAUGUUCCUCUCUAUCGUGAGCCUGGUACGCCCUGUGGCCCGCAACGUGAGCACUGGCCACAGAAGAAAGGAUCCGACGAGAAAGAUCCUGCCAAUGCUAUAUCAGUGGUAGCCGGAUACCAAUACCAGAACGUGCUUUCGGAAGAGGAUUCCGUCAAGCUCGUCAAGAGCAUCGGCAACGUCGUUCAUGCCUUCUCGGGCGACGACCACGACUACUGCGAACUCGUGCACUCUGACGCCAAAGAGAAUGUGCGGGAGAUUACCGUCAAGACGAUGAGCAUGUCGCAGGGAGUGCCGACCCCAGGCUUUCUCAUGGUCAGUCUCUACAACCCAAUCGACAAGGACGGCAAGCCCCUCCCCGGCUCGCCCGAGAAGACGGUGCAAACCCAUCUUUGCCUAUUACCAAACCAACUCGUUAAAUACAUGAAUUACGUCGCAUUUUGCGUCUUCUCCCUCAUCCUCCUCGCCGUCAGGGCCUUCUUCGUUCCCGUCCUGCGCCUCACCCCGUUUGCCCUUCCGCCCGAACGAAGGGGCGCCAGCCUCCCCAUUUACAAGGACAAGGUUGAGCCGCCGAUCACGCCCUCGUCUAGCUCGAGCAACGGCGCCGGCAGCACGCGCUGGGCUGGCAAAAAGGGCAAACACAGACCUCGACGGAGCCUGGCCGACGGCAAGUGGCCGCGGAUCACGAUCAACGAAGACUACUACGACACCAGCACGUCGUGGAAAACAACGACCGGCAGGGGGGAUCGGUUCUCGGUCAAGGUCAUGGUCACGGAGAUGUGGACGACGACGUGGAGAGUAACUUGGAUCGCGGUACUGAUUUGGAUCUACCUGAUACGGAACGGCUAA